AGUUUUGAUUAGCUUCAGGAUUUUGGAAAUGCAUGUUGUUUAAUGGUACUACAUGGAACAAUACCAAUAGCAACUCUUAAAGUGUUUGAGACAACAGUGAAUUUUUGUAUGUGUAUUUAACAAAUUUAAAGAAGUAAAAGUUGUUUUGAAUAUUAGAUUCAUACAUCAGCAGUGAAAUCUGGUUGUAUUCCUUCAAGAUAUUGAACUUUAUUUUUAACAGAUUUAUUGAGUAAUUAUUUGUAAACAAUUCUGUGAUAAGAGUUGUGAAUUGAACACAUUGUCAUUACAGAACGGGACAGGACAUAAGGCUAAAAUGGAUCCAGGACAUUCUUUAGAAUUUCCUUUGAAAAGGGAAACUGAAGGUGUAUUAUUACUUCCUUCCAUAAAUCAAGAAAACAGCAACUUGGCUGCCUUUAGUAGAACCAAUGAUGAAGACUUUUUGUCUCUGGAUCCAUUGAUGGACAUCAAAAUAGAGCCAGAGGAAUUCUGUGAGUCUAAUGAAGAUGAUGAAUGUUCAUAUGAAAUUAAUUCAACAGUGAACGAAAAACAUCCACAAGCUUGCAAAAAGGAAGUAAAACAAGAAAGAAGGAAUAGUCACAACGGAGAGAAGCUUUUCAGAUCCACAGUCAGUCCCUGCCAGAACUUCAUGUUGACUGACUCUGAAUUGUGUUGCGUGAUUAUUGCUGUGGCAGCAAGUCGUAAGAAAGGGAAGAAAAAAGGCUCACAGAAGGGUAGAAAAUGGGCGAAACAGUGGUUUAUUGAUAGGGAGAAGUUCACCCACGAAAAAUUACUCAAUGAACUGAGAGUAAUUGAACCAAAUGAUUUCCGCAACUUUGUACGAGUGAACGGAGAAUUAUUUGAUGAACUCCUUGCUUUGGUUGCUCCUGAAAUCGAAAAAAGGAACACUAUCAUGCGCGAUGCAAUUCCUGUAAGCCAACGGUUGUCCAUAACUCUACAAUAUCUUGCUACCGGGAAUAGUUUUGAAGAUCUAAAGUUUUUAACUGCUGUGUCACCUCAGUCAAUAGGUCACAUUGUUAUGGAAACGUGCACUGCUCUUAUCAACUGCCUCAAGGAAUACAUUAAGGUACCAACUACAUCCCAAGAAUGGAAACAAAUUGCACAAGAUUUCUACGAUCAGUGGAAUUACCCCAAUUGCCUGGGUUCAAUCAAUGGCAAGCAUGUCGCAAUCAAGAAACCUGACAAUUCUGGAUCACUUUACUUCAAUUAUAAAAAAUUUUUCAGCAUUGUGAUGAUGGCAGUGUCAAACGCAAACUAUGAGUUCAUGAUGGUUGAUGUAGGAGUCAAUGGGAGAGUAUCGGACGGUGGUGUAAUCAGUUACACGAAAUUCGGGCAGGCGCUUGCUGGUAAUACAUUGGGAAUUCCGGAACCAACACAACUGCCGAAUAGUCAGAAAAUAUUGCCAUUUGUUUUUCUGGGAGAUGAUGCCUUCGGACUAACUGAAAAUGUUAUGAAACCUUACCCCCAAUCAGCAUUAAAUGUGAAGAGAAGAAUUUUCAAUUACCGAUUGAGUCGUGCUCGUCGUGUGAUCGAAAAUACCUUUGGGAUCUUGUUCAGCCGAUUUGGUGUGUUACAGAAGCCAAUAGCACUCUCUCCUGAAAAAGCUCGAAUAGUUGCCUUGGCAUGUUGUUAUUUGCAUAACUUUUUACGCAAGCGCCAUUCACGAGCUUAUGUCACAACGCAACUCGUGGACUGUGAGGAUUUGCAGGCAGGUGUCAUCACGAAAGGAUCAUGGAGGGAUGUUGUAAAUGAGAUAACACCACUUCCGCCAAACACUACCUCCAGAAACGCAACAAAUAAUGCUAAAGCAGUCAGAGAGACCUAUUCUGAUUUCUUCAACAAUGAAGGCCAGGUUUCAUGGCAAUGGAAAAAUGUCGGCGCAGUUGGCUCGGCCAAUAACUGAAUCGAGAAGAGUAUCCUCAAUAAUAAUAAAAAAUGAAUAACAGUAAAAUAAAUAGUUAAAUCAUAAGGUAUCUCGAAAACUAAGCAUUUUUCCGAGAAAUGGUAUUCAUGAAAAACGUCUUAAAAUGGGUUAUUUUACCUAUAGAGAGUGUCAAAUAUAAAAAAUCCCUAACCUAACCUAAUUAAGGGGGCCAGCCGGCUAAUGCCCUUUUUUAAGGACAGGACUUUGAUAUUCAUACCACUUAAUAAGGUGACUUGGGACAUCUCCAAACCGCAUAUGAUUUUCGCCUCUGACCUUCGGUUUUGUGACGCCAGGGCGAUUUAUCCCGAAAAUAACCAUUUUUCAAAUUCUAUCUCCUCCCUUGAUAUUUAAUAUUAAGACCUGGGAUUACUACCAUAUAUAGACCUGAUAUAGACCUCCAAUCGAAUGGAGAGUUUUUUUUCUAAAAGUCAUUUUUUUGCUAGAUAUGAAUUUUUCAAUAUGGUAAAAAAAAUAAACCCUAUAAAUCAGGAGAAAAAAUUUAUAAAAAAAAUACGAAACAAAAAUUGGAAAAAAGGGCUCUAUUUGAUUGUUCUAUAAUGUCUUUCUGAGUUAUAUACCAAAUUCCAAUGUUAUAGCUUUAAAACUAAGUGAGAAGAUAGAUUUUGAAGGUCAAUAAGUAUAGUUUUGAGAUACGGGUGUGAGGACCAGAGAUUAAGACAGGUAGCUGGGUACUGAUAAUUUAUUUACAGACAAACUGGGUUGACAUAGACAAGUGCGGACGGGUAUGUAGUGCAGUCUCGCACCGCAAACAGAAAUGACUCCGAGACGGUAAAUUUGUGUUUUCUUACAGACAUUCAUGUAGAUAUAAUAAAGCGUACAAAUAAUGGAAUUGCAUGUGUUAUACAUCGGCGAAAAGGCCGCGGAACACUCUAUCGGAUGGAAGUAAGGACAACGCGACUUGAUGAUUGGUUACAAUGAAAAUAGGGAAAAAGUGUUGUCCUUACAAAUACUCCCCCCCAAGACAAUGAUUAUGGAGUAAUUAUUGGAUGACAAUCUUGGAGGCAGGGGGCGACCCCGUGUCGUUGUGGCACUUGAUGUGGGGCGUCCUCGAGUAUAGUCCUUCGGUUUUGCUGAUCGACAGGAUGCCUCCCCUGGCGGUAGCCUGGGGGGUUCUACUGUAUGCCGGGCGACCAAGACUGCGAGAGAGAGCUGCAUUGUGUGUGGAGGGGAUGGGCCGUGGGAAUCCCCAGGUGCGGCAGCGGCGUCCCGCGGGCAGAGCGGAACCACAGGUGAGCAGCGGCGUCAGCAGGUCGAGGAAAACCCACAGGUAGCGGCGUCAGCAGGCAGGGGAGGCCCACAGGCGUGGCAGCGGUGUCGGUAGGCCGAGGAGGACUGCAGGCGGCGGCGUCAGAAGGGUGAGCAGGUUCACAGGUGUAGCAUCGACGUCAGGAAGGCCGAGCGAGCCCCAGGAAUAAUGGCAGCGUCAAGGGUUUGAAGAGGCCCACAGACAGUGACGUCAGGGGGCCGAGCAGGCCCACGUGUGCGGCCGCGACGUUGGGUGGGUAAAGCAGGUCCCUUGGUGUAGCAACGGCGUCGGCAGGCAGGGGAGGCCCACAGGCAGCGACGUCGGGUGGGUAAAGCACGUCCCUGGCUUAUAGCAGCAGUGUCGGCAGGCAGGGGAAGCCCACAGGCAGCGACGUCGGGUGGGUAAAGCACGUCCCUGGCUUAUAGCAGCAGUGUCGGCAGGCAGGGGAAGCCCCCAGGCAGCGACGUCGGGUGGGUAAAGCAUAUUCCUGGGUGUAGCAGCGGCGCCGGCAGGCAUCGUCUGGGGACUCGCAGGUGCGGCAAUGGUGCCGGGGGAAAACCGAGGAGGCCCGCAGUUGCGGCGGGUCGAGAAGAUAUCUGGCGUCCCCCGGGUGAGACAAAGGAGGCCGCGAUGUCGGAUGGAUGUUUCUGAACCGCCGCCUGAAUUUUGUGUUGGGUGACCAGCACCCAGCUACCCGUCCUCGAAAUAAACGCCAAAACACGCUGGGAAGCAGUGCGUGAUUAGUCCGUUAAUGGCGUUGGUCGUCCUCGCAGUGGAGUUUUCAGAGACCUAAACUGUGGCGCCGUAUUGAGUCCGUUAAAGGUUCUCUGAAGGUGAGCGGCCGUAUUUAGUCCGUUAAAGGCUGGGCCUAAACCGCUUGUGUCACCAACUCCGGGAGGUCACCAGUUGUGAGGACCAGAGAUUAAGACAGGUAGCUGGGUACUGAUAAUUUAUUUACAGACAAACUGGGUUGACAUAGACAAGUGCGGACGGAUAUGUAGUGCAGUCUCGCACCGCAAACAGAAAUGACUCCGAGACGGUAAAUUUGUGUUUUCUUACAGACAUUCAUUUAGAUAUAAUAAAGCGUACAAAUAAUGGAAUUGCAUGUGUUAUACAUCGGCGAAAAGGCCGCGGAACGCUCUAUCGGAUGGAAGUAAGGACAACGCGACUUGAUGAUUGGUUACAAUGAAAAUAGGGAAAAAGUGUUGUCCUUACACGGGCGUUCAAAGUUUUCCUUCGUAUUUCUAUAAAGACAAUGUUAAUAAAUAAUGAUUAUUAUGAAUGUAUAUUUCUUUUUUGUGUAUUAAUAAACCAAAACUAUUUUAUUUAUCAUAAUUUAAUCAUAAAUGAUGAUCCCUUUGCUCAUAUAUCGCAGCCUGGGGCACUGCUUGAGGCAAGAUGGGGCACUCCUUCCUAUGCAAUUCUCUCUCUCCCCUUCACUAACUCGGCUUAUUACAGCGAAUUUUCUUCUUCUGUAUGUUAGCGAGAUGUUUUCCUUGUAUUUUCCUCUUUGGCAUGAUGAAAUUCUUGCCCGAAACAAAGAUAAACAAACGUAAAAUGGAAGAGAAUGUCAAGAGGUGAAACUCGAAGGCGUACUCUUUUUUUACAAAGACAAUUUAAUAAAUCAUGAUUAUUAUGAAUUUCAUAUUCCAUUUUGGGUUUUAAAAAACCAAAACUUUGUUAUUUAUCAUAAAUGAAGAUCUCUUUGCUCAAAGAUCGCAGCCUUAGUGCACAGUGUGACGUGUGCUGUCAAGCAAGACGGGGGCGUUACUAAGCAACCCUCCCCUCUCUUUUCACUAACUACGCAUAUAUUAUGAUAUUCUGUAAUAAUACUUGAGCGAUUUUUCUUCAUCUGUAUGUUAGCGAGAUGUUUUCCUUGUCUUUUCCUCAUUGGCAUGAUGAAAUUCUUGCCGAAACAUACA